AAAACAAGGGACAAUAAUCUAUUAUUCAUAGCUCGGGCACUUUUUUAUUUGGGAGUGUUUGUUGGAGAUUGUCACCACUUUCUGGAUAGCGUGUGUAGCGCUACAGUAGGAUCGAGCCACAAAAAAUCCAUCUACAAAUGGCUAGGACUAAAAUAGAGUAGGACAAAGACAAGGAAUUCCGGCCCGUUCCUGAGACUCGGUUCCACUCUACUCACAACCUGUUUCGGCCGUUGUCUUCCCGCCUAUUUCUGCUAUUGGGUCCUCAUGUCAGAUGGCGAUUUCGGAAGCGAUGGUGGCCGUUAUGUUCUUUCUCUCUGCCCUAAUUUAUGUCAGUUCCGCUGGAAAUUUCAGCUUUGACCGCUUCUCGCCAGACCUCAGUCUCUGUUCGCAGAUCAUUCGCCCUGCUGGUUAUGCUUGCUCCGAACACACGAUUCAAACUGAUGAUGGUUACUUGUUGGCUCUACAACGGGUGUCAUCGUCCAACAUUGGAAAUUUAAGACAAAACCCACGUCCCCCUGUUUUGCUUCAGCACGGACUCUUUAUGGGAGGAGAUGCGUGGUUUUUAAAUUCUCCAAAAGAGUCAUUGGGCUUCAUCCUUGCAGAUCGUGGUUUUGAUGUUUGGGUGGGAAAUGUGCGUGGAACACGUUGGAGUCAUGGACAUGUAUAUUUAUCCCUUAAAGAUAAGGAUUUUUGGGAUUGGAGUUGGCAGGAAUUGACUCUAUAUGAUUUUGCAGCAAUGCUUCGCUACAUCAAUGCAAUAACCAGUACAAAAAUAUUUGUCAUUGGACAUUCACAGGGGACAAUAAUGUCUUUGGCUGCUUUCACUCAGCCGAAUAUAGCAGAAAUGGUUGAAGCUGCUGCUCUUCUUUGUCCAAUAUCGUACUUGGAGCAUAUAAACUCCAAGUUUGUGCUUAGAAUGGUUAAUAUGCAUCUUGAUCAGAUGAUUCUUGCCAUGGGUAUUCAUCAACUUAACUUCAGAAGUGAUUGGGAUGUUAAUCUUUUGAAUUCCUUAUGUGAUGGCCAUUUAGAUUGCAAUGACUUGCUAACAUCCAUCACAGGGAAGAAUUGCUGCUUUAACAACUCGCGUGUGAAUUUCUAUCUUGAGUAUGAACCACACCCAUCAUCAACUAAGAACAUACGUCAUCUCUUCCAAAUGAUCCGAAAGGGUACUUUUUCCAAGUAUGACUAUGGAGUAGUAAAAAACCUGAUACAAUAUGGUCAAUUGAAACCCCCCGAAUUCAAUCUUGGCAAUAUACCUGAGUCAUUGCCAUUAUGGAUGGGCUACGGAGGAGAUGAUGCUUUAGCAGAUGCGACCGACGUGAAGCACACCCUCAAAGAAUUGCAGUCUACUCCAGAGUUGCUGUAUCUUAAGAACUAUGGUCAUCUAGACUUCAUUAUCAGCGUGCAUGCGAUGGAAGAUAUUUAUAAUCAUAUGAUUAGCUUCUUCGACUCAAAGGGAAAAUCUAGUACUUUAAAGUGACUGCUUACUAUUGUACCAAAACAGAGAGAAAAAGAAGUGACUGUAUAUGCUGUAUAUACUCUUUUUAUUUUCAUGUAAAUGUUGUAUAUAAUAGUAAAGAAAUGGAAGUAUGGAGUUAAAACAAAAAUAGAAGAGCGAAGAAGGUUCAGUUUGAUUCCAGAAUAACUAGUAUGAAGGUUCCAGUGUUGUACGAGCCAACAUUGAUAUUGUCGUGUAUUAAUAAAUUUGACACUUAUUGUAGUAUGAUAAACAAAAACAUGUUGCAAUAUUGUCAUUGGAGAAGAAUAAAAGUGACGCUAUCAAGUAAUUGGAAUAUA